AUUACGGCGUGGUUUGAUUGUUGAAGAAAACUAGUGGUGGUCACUAGGACGAGACUUCCAAUAAAUCUUGAAGCGCGAGCUUCCUUCCAUGACUCAUCAUUUUUAAAAGACGAAACUACCCUUCACAAAUAUCCCUAACCGCUCGUAUUUUUAUUUUUUAGACGUCAACACUCAACUGUUGUGUCUCAAAUUUGUGUUGCGUGGUCUGAGAGUAAAUUACUGGAAUUCAUUGCUUGAACUGAAUUACCAAUUUUGUUCAUCACAUAUAUCUGUAGUUAAAAUUCGAUUUAAAUUAUAUCUAGAUAUGGACAGGCAAAAUCUAGCGUCAUCGUCCUCUCCCCCACAACAAGAUGCUUGGAUCAAUACCUACCGGAAUUUACUUCCUCAAUGGCAGUCUCUUCCUCCAUCACGCCAGUCAGCCAUUCCAAUUUCUAUAUCAAGAGUUAAUCAGGUAGAUGCUGGCAGAUUGGACAUUGAAAUGUCAGCCAUGCUAAAAGAGCAGUUGGUUAAGGUCUUUUCUUUGAUGAAGCCAGGAAUGUUAUUUCAAUAUGAACCAGAACUUGAUGCUUUCCUUGAGUUUCUAAUCUGGCGAUUUUCUAUCUGGGUUGAUAAGCCUACUCCUGGUAAUGCUCUCAUGAACCUGAGAUACAGAGAUGAGCGUGCAAGUGAGAUUAGAGGAAAAGUGCGAACUGGAUUAGAGGGACCAGGACUUACUGUUGCUCAAAAGCUAUGGUACUGUGUUGCAACAGUCGGUGGUCAAUAUAUAUGGGCUCGUCUACAAUCGUUUUCUGCUUUUAGGAGAUGGGGCGACUCUGAGCAGAGGUCUUUGGCACGUGGAGUGUGGUUGUUAAUGCAACGGAUGGAGGGGGUCUAUAAAGCAGCAUCUUUUAGCAAUUUACUUCUCUUUCUUUACACAGGAAGGUACAGGAAUCUCAUUGAAAGAGCUUUAAGAGCUAGACUUGUUUAUGGGAGCCCAAAUAUGAAUAGAGCCGUGAGCUUUGAGUACAUGAAUCGUCAGUUGGUGUGGAAUGAAUUCUCGGAACUGCUUCUUUUGCUUCUUCCCCUUCUCAACUCAGCAUCCGUCAAGAGUUUGCUUCGUCCAUUCUCAAAGGACAAAUCUUCAGAUUCUUCAGUAGAUGAAACUUUAUGCCCCAUCUGCCAAGGAACCCCAUCAAUUCCAUUUGUAGCUAUCCCUUGUCAGCAUAGGUACUGUUACUACUGUCUUCAAACAAGGUGCUGUGCAGCUCCAUCAUUUCGUUGCCCCAGAUGUGGUGAACCAGUUGCUGCUAUGCAACGGCAUGGUGGUUUAGUCAGCAACAUUCCUCAGAAACAAUGAUUGUUCUGCAAAGUGAUUGAAAUGAUAAAAAAAGGGAAGCUAAGUUAAACUGUAGAUCAAAAGUUGUUCAAAAGACAACUUGACAAUGGAACUAGGUAUCUAGAUUCCUUGAUAAAGCAAAUUGUUCUGCUUUAUUGAGUGCUUUAAUAUUUUAAUAGUGUGGCUGCCCCUUUUCCUCUAUUUACAUCUCAUUUGUUUAUUUAAUUGGAAGAUUUUCUCAAAUGUUGGAUCAGUCUACACGCAAUUGGUCCAAUUUUCAUCAAAUGAUACUAGAAGCUGUCCUUUUAACUUUGA